AUGAAGCAUAACAAAUUGCGAAGACACCGCGUAAAAGAAUGCGUGAACCUUGUGGAGUUGAUAAGAAGAAAAAGAAAUCAAGCAUGCAGUUUUAGCUGUUCCAGUAGCUAUAGACGGAAUAUAAGGAGCAGAGGUAAUAUCGUAAGCGAUAACAAACGCUCCCUCGGCUUAAAAUAUAGCCAGAAUCAAAAUUACGCUUUUCAACAAAACCUUGAAGCAAGUGCAGUUUUUGAAAGGUCCUCGCCUUCGUUGAUUUCUUCUGAUCGCGCUUCGCAGAAGAACAUAGUUCGUAACUAUUGUAGAGAACACGACACAAAGAUUAACGCCCCUUUAAAUCAAAAUCUUUCCAAACCGGAAUCGCAAGACAUUAUGCUGCCAGGUAGAACUAUAAACCAUGAUUGCGAUGAAGAACCACGAUUGCGUGAUGACAAUGAAAAACCUUUUGUACCUUCCGAUGAAGUUCUAUCCGCAAAAACGGAUAUAAGCACACCACAACAAACGCUAAAUUCUUACGCUGUAUUUGAUUUACAACAGUCUAACGAAAAUGAAGAGUUCCAUUUAAUAAACGAUGGUUUGAUCACUGAAAAUACUUCUAUUCACAGUCAGUCCAAACUUCAAAAUAUAGAUAACACGUUUAUCGCUGAACAUGUGUCUAGUAGACAAAUAAUAACUGAUGAAGAAGCCGGUGGCGACGGUCAUCAUAAUAAUUCGAUCAUCGAAAUCGAAAUAACGCUACAUUCUAGCAAUGAUACCAACUCUGAAGAAGAGGUCGAAGUGGAUUAG